AGCCGCCGGCUCAAGCUCCAUGGAGCAACAACCAAGCUCUAGCAGAAAAGAGAAAAGAAAGGCACAAGAAAGAGAUCUAAAGAGCUAUUUUAGUCCAUUCGGAUCCAGUAGCACAAACCCAAGCACUCAUGGAAGUGAAGUUGGUAAUGCUAUAAUAGAGGAGGAAGAGGUGGUGGAAACUCAUUUGGAGGACACCAAUACCAUAGGCCAACAGCCAGGUAGCAAUGAAAAUGAUCAAGGUACAAUAACUGAGUUCAAUCCGGAUUAUAUCAUUUCUGAUCCGGGGCUUCGGAUUCCAAUUGAGCAAUUUAGUCCUAAUAUUAGAGAUGAAAUUAGGAGGGCUUUCAUGGAACGAGGUCCAACUCAACCUAGUAGUCAUGUUUUUCCUAGAGGAGAAGAUAAAAGGCGCUUUCGAAAAGAAUGGUUUGAGAAAUAUAAUUGGCUGGAAUAUAGCUUGGUGAAUGGUAAGGCUUAUUGCUUUUGUUGUUAUCUUUUUAGAAGAGUUGGUGUAGAUGAUGACAAAUUUGGUUAUGAGGCCUUUACAAAAGAAGGCUUUAGGCAAUGGAAGAAUGCCUACUUAGCACUCCCUAAACAUGUUGGUGGCCCUAAUAGUGCUCAUAAUAGAUCAAGAGCGGCAUUUGAUGAUUUUGAUAAUCAAAGGGCAAGUGUAAAGGAGAAAAUUGUAGUUCAUACCAAAGAGGCAGAAAAGAAGUAUGAAACCCGUGUAGAUACAUCUUUGGCUAUUGUAAGUUAUAUUGCCUUGCAAGGUGAACCGUUCCGUGGACAUGAUGAAUCAGAAACUUCAUUGAACAAAGGCAACUUUCUAGAAUUUCUUGAUUGGUACAAACUAAGAAAUGAGGAAGUGAGGCAGGCAUUUGAAUUUGCUUGUCCUAAAAAUGCUAAAAUGACUUCUGGAACAAUUCAGAAAGAACUUGCCGAGUGUUGUGCUGAAGCUGUUACCAAAGUCAUAAAAGAAGAGAUGAGUGGUUGUUUAUUCUCUAUUCUUGUUGAUGAAUCUCGUGAUAUAUCAGUCAAAGAACAAAUGGCCAUAAUAGUCAGGUAUGUGAAUAAAAAAGGGCAAGUAGUUGAAAGAUUUUUGGGUAUCAAGCAUGUCAAGCUAACUACAUCAGAAGCAUUAAAGAGAGCAAUAGUGGAGGUUCUUAGUGCCCAUGGUUUAACUAUUGCAAAAAUACGAGGCCAAGGGUAUGAUGGAGCUUCUAAUAUGAGAGGUAGAGGACAACAUCAAGAAACAUCAUUGCCUAGGCCUGAAGAUACAAGAUGGGGAUCUCACUACAGGACAUUGCUUCGUAUUGAAACAAUGUGGGACUCAAUAAUAGAAGUUCUGCAAGUGGUGCAUGAUGAGGAACGUAAUCCAUCAAGGGCAGGGGGGUUGGUGCCUACUAUGGAGUCUUUCAGCUUUGUGUUUAUCAUGAAGAUGAUGUUACAGAUCCUUCGCAUAACAAAUGAGCUAUCUCAUCUGUUGCAGAAGAAGGAUCAAAAUAUUGUUGAGGCCAUGUCUUUGGUUAUUGACGUGAAAACACGUUUGAACAAUUUGAGAAGCAAAGGUUAUGAGCCACUACUUGAAGAAGUCAAAACAUUUUGCCAAGAAAAUGAUAUCCCAAUACCAAAUAUGGAAGAUAGUGUACCAAGAUUUGGUAGAUCAAGGAAAGGAGGGAGAAACAACAUCACUCAAGAUCAUUACUUUCGUGUUGAUACCUUCUUUGCUACCAUAGAUGCUAUCACAACAGAGUUUGAUCAUCGAUUCAGUGAGGUAUCAUCGGAAUUACUUACUUGCUUUGCUUGCCUUGAUCCUAGAGAUUCAUUCUCUAACUUUGAUGUGAAUAAACUUGCUCGCCUCACGGAUAUAUAUUUGGAUGAUUUUUCUUUUGAUGACCGGAAAAGAAUAAAAGACCAGUUAGAAACCUUCAUUAUUCAUGUUAGAAGAGUUGAGGCAUUCAGAGCUUGUUAUGACCUUGCAAGCCUAGCAAUGAAAAUGGUUGAACUUAAGAGGCAUGAAAUAUUUCCCUUGGUUUAUCGCCUAAUUGAGCUGGCAUUACUGCUACCAGUAGCAACUGCAUCAGUUGAAAGAGCCUUUUCAGCCAUGAAGAUUAUUAAAACUGAGUUGCGGAACAAGAUGUCCGAUGGUUGGCUUAAUGACUUGAUGGUGGUGUAUAUUGAGCGGGAGAUAUUUAAAGGAAUUGAUCUUCAAUCUAUCAAGAAGGCUUUUCAGAAGAAAAAAGAUAGAAAUAUGCAAUUGCCAAAGUCUCCUAGACGCAACUAAUAAUAAAU